CAUAGAACUUGUUUUCAUCUUUUGAAGCAUAUUUGUCUACUCUCUUUUCGCCUUCUGAUCAAGCCCAACAACUCUGUCAUGGCAGAGAAACAAGGCCUGAAUGGCGCCUAUUAUGGUCCAGCAAUCCCACCUACACAACGCUACCACCGUCCUGGCCGUGGCUCUGACUGUGGCUGCUGCUGUCUCGUCACCUUCCUCCUCAAAGUGAUCAUCACCGUGCUCACGCUUAUUGGCCUCUUCAUUCUUAUUGUCUGGCUCAUAUUCCGUCCCAUUAACAAGGUCAAGUUUCAUGUCACGGACGUUGCUUUAUCCGAGUUCAACUACACCAACAACAUGCUCCGCUACAACCUCAGUUUUAACGUCAACAUCCGCAACCCCAACAAGAAGAUUGGAAUUUACUAUAACAGGGUAGAGGCCAAAGCCUUUUAUGAGGGCCAGAGGUUUGGUUAUAGUUCCUUGACUCCGUUCUAUCAAGGACACAAGAACACUACUGUCUUGAAUGUGGUUUUUAGCGGCACACAACCUGUUACCCUUCAAGGUGAAGAGUUGACGCAAUUUAACAGCGAAAAAGCAAAUGGGCUUUAUAGUAUUACCUUGGAGUUGUCUUUGAGGGUUAAGUUCAAGCUUGGUAAGGUCAAGACUGCAAGAUUCAAGCCCAAGGUUGAGUGUGAUGACUUGAAGAUUCGUUUGAACGGGCCUUCUGUUGCUGGGAGCAACAAGUGCGAUAUCAAGUUCUGAUGAUUAUCAUGGUUUCGGGACUUCAUGUU